AUGUGUGUUCGGUGUGAAGAGUAGGAAAAUAUAAAAAAUCAAAAAGUUAGAGAAAAAAAAAUGAGUGAAGAGAAUAAGAAGCAGCACUUUGUUCUAGUACAUGGUGCAUGCCAUGGUGCGUGGUGCUGGUACAAGGUUAAACCGCUGCUGGAGGCUUCAGGCCACCUGGUAACCGCCUUAGACCUAGCUGCUUCGGGUAUAGACACAACCAGGUCGAUCACUGAGAUCUCCUCAUGCGAACAAUACUCUGAGCCAUUGAUGCAGCUAAUGGCCUCAUUACCAGUUGAUGAAAAGGUUGUGCUCGUUGGUCACAGCUUUGGAGGAUUGAAUUUAGCCAUGGCCAUGGAUAAGUUCCCUGACAAAAUCUCUGUCUCAGUCUUCGUGACUGCUUUCAUGCCCGAUACCAAACACUCGCCUUCGUUCGUCAUGGAUAAGGAGUUUGGAGGGGACAAGCCACUAGAAAUAUGGUUAGGCACCGAGUUCGAACCAUACGGCUCAGACAGAUCAGGUGUGUCAAUGUUCUUCAGCAAUGAGUUCAUGAAGCAAGCUCUCUACCAACUUUCUCCUAUUGAGGAUCUUGAGCUUGGAUUGCUUCUAAAGAGGCCCGGAUCAUUGUUCAUCAACGAAUUAUCAAGGGUAAAAAACUUUUCAGACAAAGGGUAUGGAUCUGUUCCUCGUGCUUACAUUGUGUGCAAAAGGGACAAAAUCAUUAAAGAAGAACAUCAACGAUGGAUGAUCGAUAAUUUUCCGGCUGAUUUAGUGAAAGAGAUGGACGAGACAGAUCAUAUGCCAAUGUUCUGCAAGCCUCAACUACUGAGUGAUCAUCUCUUGGAAAUCGCAGACAAAUUCGCUUAAAUUUAUCUUUUAAUGAAAAAUGUAUUUGAAUACAAAUAAGUGUUUUUUUUUUUUUGCAAAUGGUUCUUUCUUAACUUUCAAACUUUUGCUUUUCUAUGGUUGAAAUAAGAAAAAUAACAGUCAAAGUAGUGUUGGUUUCGCA